AUGCUCAACCUCGAAACCAACAAAAUAUUCAACCUCAGAACCAACAAGUUAUUCAACCUCAGAACCACCAAGAUAUUCAACCUCAGAACCAACAAGUUAUUCAACCUCAGAACCACCAACAAGUUAUUCAACCUCAGAACCAACAAAUUAUUCAACCUCAGAACCAACAAGAUAUUCAACCUCAAAACCAACAAGUUAUUCAACCUCAGAACCAACAAAUUAUUCAAUCUCGAAACCCACAAGAUAUUCAACCUCAGAACCAACAAAUUAUUCAACCUCAGAACCAACAAGAUAUUCAACCUCGAGACCAACAAGUUAUUCAACCUCAGAACCAACAUGAUAUUCAACCUUUAG